AUGGAGCAAACCGUGGCGUUCGGGCCUCACUUCAUGACGCUGGACCAAGAAUUGCUUCGGGUGCUAACCGCCGGCGACGCGGCCCGUCUGGAGGAGCUACUGAGAAGACAGGACCAAACACAUAGCCACGUCGCCGUGAACGUUCAGGCCGCGGCGGCACCACCGGGCGCAGUGGCAGCGCCGCCGUGGCAGGGAGCGAGCUGCCUCCUCCUCGGCGUGACCAGCAAUGGCGCACUGCAUCUUGCCGCCAGCCGCGGCCACGCCGAGCUUGCGGCGCUCCGCUGCGAGAGGGCGCCCUCGCUCGUCGCCACGCGCAACCGGGGCCUCGACACGCCGCUGCACUGCGCGGCGAAGGCCGGCCACCGGGGGGUCGUUGCCCGCCUCCUGUCGGCGAUGCGCGCCGGUGGAGAGGCGCUUUGUGCGAGGAACUGCCUGAGCGCCACCGCGUUGUUCGAAGCAGUCCGGCACGGCCAUGCCGCCGUGGUGGAUCUGCUGAUGGUGCUGGCUCCCGAGCUGGCGUCAGUGGCAACCAACAGUGGCGUGUCGCCCCUGUACCUGGCCGCAACCACUGACUCGCUGCAGAUGGUCCGGGCGCUCCUGCGGCCGUCGCGACGGAACGCCGUCGCCCGUGUCGUUUUCUGGUCCGGCGGGACGCACUGCUCUGCAUGCUGCGGCAAAUCUCUGAUCCUAAAAGGAAGCCAAUUUUCAACCAGGAAUGGCUCAAGAAAUGCUGGCUUGGGAGCCUGA